CCAAAACAACCGAUCGUACGUUUCCCCGGUUGAUUUGUAGCUUAUUGUUUUUGCUAAUUACUCAUUAAUUUCUCGGUUUAAAUAAUGGAAUCGUCUGCUAGCGCGAUGGAACCUACUUCCAACAUCGCCAAAAUAUAUGUACUUCAAGAGGAUCGGGAGAAAAGUUUCAAACAUUGGCCAUUUACCACCGACAAACAAUGCAGCAUACAGAAGAUGGCAGAGGCAGGGUUCUAUUGGCAUGGAACGGAUACCGAAAUCGACAUAGCCGCUUGCUUCGUGUGUGGCAAAGAACUGGAUGGUUGGGAAGAAUCGGACGACCCGUGGAGUGAGCAUCGGAAACACGCGCCACAAUGUCCGUUUGUGAAAUACGGUCGAGCGGAAGCGAAUUUAACGUGUGAAGAAUUCGUCAACCUUAUGAUGGCAACGUUGAAGAUGAGGUUUGAAAACAAUUACACUAACCUCAAGACCAACGGUAAGAUGCUAAUAGAGAAGAAACGGAAGGAAAUGGAGAAACUGCUACGAACCAACUAGGAUUAAGACGCCCACAUCCUGACAGUAACGCAGCACCUAUACAAAACCGUGUAGGAUAAUCUUCCGGCUAUACACGACUACGUACUGGGCGUUAUGUUAUGGUAAAUAAUAAGAGGAAAUAUUUUAAAACUAACGGAAAGCGUUGGAGAAUGCUAAUUUCAGUUUCAUCAUCCAAAAAGAAAAGCAUGUUCCAUAUGGUGAUUAAUUCUUCAGUGGUACAUCUAAGUUAAAUACAUCUAGAGUAACCUCAUUUGCUUCGAACAUUCUUCGAAGUCGUUUCUGGAUAUAUUGCUUGUCCGUUGUUUUCAAUAUGAUAAAACCAACUAAACCACUGAUCAAGCAUCAAGAAAUAAAACGCGCACGU